AUGGCACAGCCGUACCUGCAGCAACCUUACGAUGUGCAUGCGCCGGCGUUAUGGGAAGGCGACGGAAAGCAUAACUAUCCUAGCGACGGCGCACACCUCGUCGACGGUCCAGCCUUCUACGACGCCCCAUCCCACACGAUGGCCGGUGCCCGGCUACAUCGACAGCCUUCGGUCGUGAAGUUGGAGGAAGACUUUCAUACACAGCAUACAUGGCAGCAGCGUCCGCACAGUCCUUCCUUCCAAGCGCGUCACUACUCUGUCCCGAACAUCCCGCAUAUCGAUACACAACCCCGGCACAUGCCAAAGAUGUACGAACAGCCGUACACACCUCAUUACGGGCCUCCGCAUGCCUGGCCAAUGCCCUCGGCUUCUGGAUCAAGCACACCUACGCCACACUACGGUCCUGUCGUGGAAGCCGGCAUGCCUGUCUCCUUCAACUCGGCAACUGGCAUGUACCCAUACCAGCAGCACCCUCAUCGAUCUGUUGCCAUGUCACCUCAGUCAAGUCAAGGUGGCUGGGUGUCUGCUACUUCGGACGAUAGUGGAGGGCAACACGAUGAAGCUGAUAGUCCAAAGCUACGACCUACGUCGCCUAUGACAGUCCAGAGAUCAGAUGGCAUCCGAAAGAAGAAUGCACGAUUCGAGAUCCCCAAUCACGUCAACCUUGCUACUGUAGAGAAACUCAUCCUGGAGGAGACGAACGACGAUCGGAAGAAGGAACUCAAGCAGCAGAAGCGGUUGCUUAGGAACCGACAGGCAGCGCUUGAUUCCCGCUCUCGCAAGAGACUUGAGAUGGACAAUCUACAGACCGAAAAGAAGGUCUGGGAAGCAAAGCACAAAGAACUCACCGACGAGAUUGCACGCCUUCAGACUGUGAUGGACUAUGAGCGAGAGCAGAUGAUGCAUCAGCGGCAACAAUAUGAGACAUUCAUCCAGAGACUCACCUUCGAACGAGACGAGGCGAUCCGGCUGCGGACUAUCGAGACGACCGAAACUCGCCGCCAGAAUAAUGUGCUCAAAGACUGUGUAAGAGAUCUCGAGAGGCAAGCGUCACGUGGAUUUUCGACCUCUACUUCGGAACCAUACAAUCAUGACGAUUACCCCAGUUUUGGCAGCUUGGAGCUAGAUGAUGAGAACUGGGAAGACGAGUUCAGCCUUAUCAACACCGAAGAUCUGAAGAUGGACAACGAAGACAGUCCACAGCGACAGCUCACUCCUCGCCCGCUGCCUAUACCUCAGCAUGUCGAUGUCUCUUCGACCAUUACGGUGCCAUCCAAAGCAGAGUCUAGUUUCAGCUGGAACACUUUCUGCAUGUGUCUUCUUAUUGGCGCUUUCAUGGCCUCUCAGCAGAGCUCAACCACAGAUCAAGCAACGGCGGCAGCCCGAAGUCGGCUACGGCGCUUGACAAUGCCGUCUUGCCGUCGCUUACGGACGAGUACCGCGCAGAGGCAAACAAUGUCCUCAAAGCUGUGCUCGACAGCGACGGCGCUGGGCCAAUGCUGCAAUCAUCACUCGUGCCAUCGGCUCGACCCACGACGCUUGGCCACCCUCCACGUCACGCCAGUCCCAGUCACAGCCGUCGCGACUGGAUACACUCUCGGCUCAGCUCACAACACCAACUCGCCAGCAACAGGUUGCCGCCGCCUUCGCACUCACUCCCGAACAGUACGAGCACACUGUCAACCCAGAAGGCUCCCUCGCCACCCCGACCACUCGAUUGCUGAGCCAGAGGUCGUUCACAAACCGACGCCACUGCAAGUCAUGUUCGCGAAGAUGCAAGCCGAGCAAGAUGAGAUGGAACGUGCCGUCGGCCUGGGCAAAUCUCGCGAGCGCUCUGUCAUGCUUGAUCGGGUUCCUGAGCAGGUUCUGCAGGACUUCAGGAGACUCAUUGCUGAUCGUGAGGGCAGAGAUCAUGACGCAUAG